CUUGACGAAGAUAUGAUUUCGGUAAGUAAUCGUGAGAAAGAAACUUUACCCAUAGAAGAAUUUGUAAAAUAUGUAAAUUUAUUGAUGUCACUAAUGUCUGAUAUUUCGCUCGAAGUAUGUCCAGAUGAGAAAGUUGAGAGUUACACAGAGAUUACAAUUUUGAGCGAAACAGCUGCAUUACUGAAAAAUAUCAUUGUAAUUAUGCAAUUGAUUGUGGAAUACAUUGAUACGUUGGAUCAGGAUUAUAGCGUCAAACGUAUGAAGCGUUUGUUUAAAGAUAAGUUUCAUGAUGCAUAUAUGAAAAAUUUCUUGUCGAGGUUUCCUUAUGGUAAAGUAAAGACUCUUAUUAAUGUAUCCAGAAAACGUCAAAAAGAAUUUUCUCAAAUGGAAUUUACGGACGGACGUUUCGAACAAAAUUUGGCACUUUGUCAAAUUCACGUAUCGUUUACAUCUCUGUUUAACUGCAACGAACAAUUUCCCAAGUCUGUCAGAAGCUAUUGCAUAUCUAUUCUGGAGUAUUAUUAUGUAAUAAACACAAGUAUUAUUAAAAAUUGGUGCGACUCGUCGACUUUACCUCAGCUGACUAAACUACUAAAAACUCUAUUUUUGAAAGCUGAACCAAUUUGGUAUAGCAACUGCAUUAAUUUGAAUCAUAUUUCAAGAUUGAUCACCGAAGCAUCUUCUCGUUUACCCGAGAAAGAAUUGCAAUCGCAUUUGUAUUUAAUUAGUCGUGACAUUGCGUUGAACAGCAAUUUAAAUGUUGCACACAGAGAAAAAGCAUUUGUAAGCUUUGUUACGAUCUUACCAAGUUUACACCUGAAACCGAGCAUAGAUGAUGUCAUAAUUCGUAUGAUCAGUUAAAUAGUUUUACGUUUUAAACAAUGGAUCCGGGAAGAACUGAUAGCUAAACAUGAAUCUAUUAUCGUGCUUAAAGGAACUGUGUCGAAAGAUUUUCCUAUAGAUGAUUCUGGUUUUGUUGUGGAAAGAAUGCACAUUACUGCUCAUGAAUUUGGAGAUACAGUCUCUUUAAGCACUUUAAACGAAAAAUGGUUCCUGAAUUUGAGUGGUAUUCACAUUCCUAUGGAUGUUAAAUAUUUGUUGCAAUUGGGAGAAGGUUUAGAACUGCCCAUUAACAGAAAUAAUUUUGAGCAUACAUUUAUAGAGUUUAUCAUGAGUAUUGAAAGUAACAUUAGCAAUCGCCCUAAUAAUACAGUAAUAAGAAAUAAUGCAAUUCCAAUUCUUGAUAAAUUUCAUAAUGAUUUUCCAAAAAGUGAUUCCAACACCAAGCAAUUAUCUAGUUGGAUAACAUCUACAAAAAAAUUUAUUAAGGAGCACUCAGAAUUAUUAUUUUCAAAAGCGAGUAAAGGAAAUGUGACUGUUGCUCUUAACAGGGUUGAUUAUGUUAAUAGAAUGGAAUUGAUGCUUUCGGAUGAAAAUGCUUAUGAAAUAAUCAGUAAAGAUCCUACACGCAAAAUUACUAAUGAUUUACGUAAUAUUCUGGUCAGAUGA